CAUUUGAGCUGUUCAAUUAAAAAACAAAUUCCGAAACCCUAACCCCUUCGCUCCAUCUACGCGUAAUUUCUUGCUUUGCUUUCAUGUUUUAUUGAGCAAUUCCAUAUCCAUCAGAUCUCUGUGCAUCAAAUGAUUACGAUCUCUGUAAAGCCAGUGUUCUUUACCAUCUUCUUCACCCUUUCUCUUUGUCUUCUCGUCGUUUUGCUCUCUCCCUACUCUUUGUUUUUCUCAGUUUCUCCCAGUUCGAUACUCACAGGGGAAUCUGAUAUAUGGAGCGUGAGGAGGUUGGUGGAGUGGAGGCCUUGCAAAUGGUGGCUUCAAGGACAUUUGACUCCUUUGCCAGCGGAGACUAAUGGAUAUAUUCGUGUGGAUUGCUAUGGUGGCCUCAAUCAAAUGAGAAGAGAUUUGUGUGACGGUGUUGGUGUUGCCCGUUUGUUAAAUGCAACUCUGGUUCUACCCAAGUUUGAAGUGGCAGCAUAUUGGAAUGAAUCAAGUGGUUUUGCAGAUGUAUUUGAUGUCAACUACUUCAUUCAACAAAUGAAUGGCUUUAUUAAAGUUGUCAAAGAACUGCCGCCAGAGCUUUCAUCAAAAGAGCCAUUCCAUGUGGAUUGUAGCAAGCGGAAAGGUCAAUAUGAUUAUGUUGAAAGUGUUCUUCCAUUCCUGUUGGAACAUCAUUAUAUUUCACUCACACCAGCAAUGAGCCAGAGGAGGGACAGGUAUCCUCAGUAUGCAAAAGCUUCCCUUUGUCAAGCAUGUUACAAUGCAUUACGUCUUACUGAAUCCUUGGAAAAGAAAGCCUCUGAGCUUCUUGAGGCCAUACCCAAACCCUUUCUCUCACUUCACCUUCGAUUUGAACCGGACAUGGUUGCUUACAGCCAAUGUGAAUAUGUGGGCCUUUCUCCUGCCUCCAUGCAAGCCAUCGAGGCUGCACGGGGAGAUAGAAAACCAUGGACUGGGGAGUUAGCUGUCAUCUGGAGAAAACGAGGCAAAUGUCCUCUGACACCAAAUGAAACGGCAUUCAUACUCCAGGCACUUUCAUUCCCAACAAACACAAACAUCUAUCUGGCAGCGGGGGAUGGCCUGAUGGAGAUUGAAGGAUUAACUUCUGUUUAUACCAAUGUUGUUACCAAGUCUGCCCUUCUUACUGGUGAAGACUUCACAGCCAUGCAUGGGAACACAAAAGCCGCUUUGGAUUAUCAUGUAUCUAUUAACAGUGACUCAUACAUGGCUACAUAUUUCGGAAACAUGGAUAAGAUGGUUGCAGCAAUGCGAGCUUUCAAAGGGUUGCAUAAAACACUUUUCUUAGGCAGAAGAGGUUUUGCAGAGUUAACUGCGCAGGGUCUGAAGGGGAAGGAAUUGAAACAAGCUUUAUGGAAGGCACACCGGGACGAUUUUGUCAUGGGACGAGGGUCUGCCUUGCCCGACUGCUUUUGUGAAUUUAAGUUAUGAUCUCAUGUUUCGGCUUAGGGUUUCUUGACUUUCCAUUGUAUUUUUUACCUCUUAUUUUUAAUUUUGAUGAAGGCGCUUAUUUUUGUCCCUUGCCAGCAUUUGUAACAACUUGAGGGAGGGUUUUAGAACCCAUUUGGCCAUUUGUACUAGAAAUCAAAUUUGAUUAUCAACAUUCCAUUUAUUAUUUCUACA